AUGAGUACAUUAAAUCCAGUCACUACACACAAAGAGUUUAAUGGGCUCCCUGGAGCAUUAGGUAUAACAUUUGGCUUACCUAUAGUAAUUGUAUUCUUUGCUUUAGUCACCAAUCAAUACUAUUCAUUACAAGGUAUCAAUCUCCAAAUUGAGAAAGUAUUGGACCAGGUCCCAUCAGAUCGAUCAGGAUGGAUUGCAUUGUGCUUUGACAAACAAGUUUGGAGUGCUUAUUUAGCUUGGUUUUUCGGAUUAGUCGUUUUAGACCAAAUUUUGCCUGGAAGCACAAUGAAUGGUACUCAGUUGAGAGAUGAAAGCUAUUUGAGCUAUUGCAUCAACGGAAUAAGCAUGAGUGGAACUUUGUUUGCCAUCUUGAUUGCGCGUUGUUUUCAAGUGCAGAAUUUCAAUCUCCCUGAAUUGCAAUUUAUUUACAAUCAUCAACUACAAUUAACAGUGACGUGUGUAAUCUUUUCGUUUUUGUUGGCAGUCUUUGUGUAUGUGGCUUCAUUUAUUCCAUUGACAAAACCCAAUGGUGUUGGAACAAAGGAGAGGAUAUUGAGCGUCAAUGGAAACACGGGAAAUCCCAUUUAUGAUUGGUUCAUUGGUCGUGAAUUGAAUCCAAGGAUUGGAAAUUGGGACAUUAAAUUAUUUUGCGAGUUGAGACCAGGGAUGUUGUUGUGGUUCCUCAUCAAUUUGAGUUGUGCUCAUGAACAAUACCAUAGGUUGGGCCAUGUCACUGACUCUUUGAUUUUAGUCACUUUAUUACAAACAUUUUACAUCUUUGAUGGUGUUUUGAACGAGACUGGGUUGUUGACAAUGAUUGAUAUCACGACUGAUGGUUUUGGAUUCAUGUUGAGCUUUGGUGAUUUGGCCUGGGUUCCCUGGAGUUAUACCUUGCAAACUAGGUACUUAAGUAUUCCUGGAAACGAAGUUGUACUCGGCUGGUUCAAUUUUGCUGCAAUAGUCGUAUUGCACUUUGUCGGUUUUUACAUUUUCAGGGCUUCUAAUUUGCAAAAAUCCAACUUUAAAAACGGCAAGUUGCAACACAUGAAACAUAUCAAGACUGCCACAGGCUCAAAAUUGUUAAUUGAAGGGUGGUGGGGAUUAUCUCAACACAUCAAUUACCUCGGUGAUUGGCUAGUUGGAUGGUCUUGGUGUUUACCUACUGGGUUCCAAACUCCAUUGACAUACUUUUAUGUUAUUUAUUUUGCUAGUUUGUUGAUUCAUCGACAAGUGAGAGAUGAUGCGAAAUGUCAAGCAAAAUAUGGUAAAGAUUGGGAAAAGUACAAACAGUUGGUGCCGUACAAAAUUAUUCCGUAUAUAUACUAA